CUUUUAUUGUGGUGGCAGGCGCUCGAUAUAAAUUGGAAGGAAUACAAUGAAUUCAGGCUCUUCGACAUUUAUAGAACAAGAAAUCGCUUCUAUCCUCGUAGCUAUUGCGUAUGUGCAAGAGCUGCAGUUCACUCGACAGACAAUCACCUCCAGAACUAUGUCCCUCCCUUCUCGCAGCCCCGCGGGCGCCCAGCAAUCCUCAUCUUCCUCGCGCCCAAAAACAGACUACCGUGCUCUGAUCGAGGAGCUCGCCACAGAGGUCGACAAGUUGCGGAAGAAGUAUAUGGAGUUCUCAAAUGUUACAUUCUCAACUGUUACAUGAAUUUGUAAUGCAAGAAGGGCAAAAGUGAAAGGAGGAAGAUUGCCUCUUUUGCAUUACAGAUUUCGGGCGGAUCAUAGUGCUACUUAGCCCUGCGCAAAUUUGUCACGCAGAGCAGCUUGAUCGAGAGGAUCAGGAUGAUGAUGGUGUUUUUGCCUGGCAAAUCCAUGAAACAGUUGAGAACGUAACGCUUCAGAGCCCCAUAAAGUACACAAACCUCCCGACAAAGCAGACAAAAGAGGAACGGCAGAAGCUCGGGCGGCGCGAGCAGCUGCGAGCGUUGAAAAAGGAGGUGGGGAGAAUCGGUGAGGCGUUGGACGCGUUGGACACAGCAGGUGGAGAUGAUCCUACCUCGCGCAGUCCCGGCGGCCGAACACGCACUGGAGGGAGACGUGCUGGUACUCCUGCUCCGGAUGAUGAUGAAGACGACAUUGAUCAUAACUCCACCGCCUGGGUCGACCACGUGGCCGCCUCUGCUUUCGAGAACCGUUACCAGCACGCUUUUUCGCCGAAUAGCAGAAUUGGUAGUCCUUCGCGGAACAAGAAGAGCGGGUCGCCUUCUACCACCGCGCGGGGUGGGGCUCCUCGAGGCCUAUCUACAACUUCAUAUCACAACAAGAUGCCGGCUAUGAGUCGGACCACGCCGAAACAGUUUCUCGACAAAAGUUACAACAACAGAAGCUCUUCCGCAUCCGCAUCACAGCCUUACCCAGUACAACAGCCCUCGACUAAUAUUAACUCCGGUCUAUCCAACGUGCUCUCGAUUUCCCGGCAGACACAACAACUCCAACAGCAGAUAGCGUAUCAAAUGUAAAAAUGUCUGGGUCUGGAUUCUGAGACUUGUCAUGCUAAUCUGGCAUGACUCUGAACUCUGUAUUGCGUGGCCGCAAAGAGCUCCUCCUCCCUGUCAUGCAAAAACGCAGUUUCUGAUGCGGAAUACGCAACUCAGAACCAUGAAAAAAACUUGUCAUGCUUGGCGGCGCAUUACAGUGAGGUCACUAUUCCCUUUCUUGCAUCACAAGUUUCCAGACCCAGACAUAUUUGCAAUGGAUAUCGCGGCGCAGCAGAACGAGAUCGACAGAAUGAAGAACGACAUCACGCCGCACUUCCGGGAUUUGGUACAACGGGACGAGCUGUACUUGAAGAAACUAACCGCGAGCCAGAAAUCCCUGCACGAGAAACUCGAGAACCUGAUGCAGUUGAAGCAGCCCAGCACCGGAUUUAGCUUGGAAGAGCAUUACGAACGGCGAAAAGAGCUGGAAAGUUUGGGAGGAAGUUUUGGCAGCAGCUCGGUUGGAGGAGGUCCAGGGGAAUCGUAUUUUUACGGGCAGGGUGGACGAGGGGGCGGCGGGUAUUUGAUAUUUUCUCCUGUCGCUGUAUAACGGAUUGUCUUGGAGUGUUUACUUAGGUUUCUGAUUAAGUACCAAUGACAAGUUUUCUCGACACGAAAAUUCAGGUGGUCGUCAUCGUCGCCCGACUACACUGUCCGUGGUGACCCGGGACUGCGGGGAAAGAACAAACCGGUGUGGCUGCAGUAGCGUUUUGCGGUUUCUCAAGCAUAACGACUGGUAGCUAGCAACAGCGUGAACCUGAAUGAUGUAGUGUCCGUUUCAGUUUCUGACGAUGACGCCACGAUGUUUCAUUGAAAAGCUUCCAAGAAAGCCGAAAGUUUUGAAUCUCUCGAGGAUGUGGAUCAUCUUCGAAAACUCGCAUGUACAAUUUCCAGUGUUGCACAAAACAAGUCAAUAUCCCC